AUGUCCCUGAAAAGAAAAUCCACAGACCUCGACCCCUCCAAUACUGAAAACGUCCUUCCCGAGAUCGAUAGCGACGAUGACCGCCUCAACCACAUCGACUGGAACUGUGACCAAGUCCGCCGCCGUAUCCGCACAUUUAUCGAAUGCAAAGAAAUGAAGAUUGGCGAAUUCCAAAAUGCAAUUGGCGUGACCUCGCGCUCCUACCUAGACUUCAUGGGCCAGAGCGGGCGCGACAAAGGCGCCGGGUCUGCGACGUACAUCAACGCGGCGCGCUUUUUCAAGAAACGCGAGCUGCGGGGCAUCAAACCGCCCAGGAAGAAGAGGGUCACCAAGGCAUCGCAGAAGGAGGCCGCGGAAAAAUACGAUGUCUCUGGCGUCCAUCUGGACGGAGAAGAAGAUCAGCAAGUCUCCGUGUGGGAUACUUGUGAUGUCGUCCGGAGGAAGAUCUCGGCCCAUCUUCGUAAACCUAACAUUACCAAGGCCCAGUUCCUGCGCGAUAUCUCUAAGGCUGCGUAUCCUGGGAUGGAUAGAACUCUCAGCGGCAAUAUGCUCAAUGAGUUUCUAUCCAAGCGCGGGCCCAAUGCAGGCAACACCAGCCGCGUCUUUUAUGCGGCAUAUGUUUACUUCGAGAAAUUGCGAAUUCGGGAUAAGAAACCCAAGAACAAGUUUCGGGAGGAGAUGGAGGAUGUAUGGCAGCAUAACAACGGUUUCGAUUGUGUCACAUCACCUAGCACCGGAAUUUGGGUGACUAAAGGGGAGACCCCGUACACAGAUAAAUAUGGUAGGAUCUCGAUCGGAGGCUGGUCCAUAUUCCCCAUUGCCACCGAGCGUUCAGGAAAGCCAGCGGAUUUUACCAACUAUGUAUCUUUCCUCAAGAAGCUUAAAGACGCACUGGGGUCAGAUGGGCACAAGUAUGGUCUGACUAUUACUCUGUCAUUGCCAUACUGGUUCAAUGUCAUGACCUAUGAUUUGCAUGGUACUUGGGACUCCACGGACCCUUACAUCGGCAGUGUUAUCAAUGCGCACACCAACUUGACGGAAAUUGAGCAAACCCUGGAUCUCCUCAGGAGAAACAAUAUCAACCUCAGCAAGAUCCAGGAUAUUGUGGCCAACGGAGCCACUGUUAUCGGAGACAAGGAUGCCGCUAUAACCAUUGUGACUUGGUGCAACAAUCAGUGGGUGUCAUACAACAAUGACAAUACCUUGAAAGCAAAGAUGGACUACGCAAAUCAGAAAUGCCUAGGAGGCGUCAUGGUCUGGGCCUCCUCAACGGAUGACGCUUUAAAUACUGCAUUCAAGCCUUAG